UGAUUCUGUGAGCUCUCCCAUCUCUUCAGUUACUUACUUGAACCGAAUGGACUCACUGGUUGUGUGCAGGGUCUGGCGAGCAGGAUCCAGCCUCAGCAGCACAGCAGCAGGAGGGAACCUUAGGGAACAGGAGCGCAUGUGCUGGCUGCAGCACAGACACUUGGGGCGUGCUGCUGGGGGAGCAGAACCUGUCGCUGGCCGUGCUUGCAGCAAUCAAGUGCAAGUUUUCCUUUCCUCAGGAAUCACGACCCCAUUUUCCUAUUUCUCACUCUCUGGCUCACCUUUUCCCAGGGUGACUUUGUUUCCCAGUGGGCUGCUUUCUCCCCUCCUCUGAACUUCAUCCCAGAAAUCCACUUGGCUGGUUAUUCAUUUAGAUGGUUAAGGUUAGCAUUAUGAAAUGCCUCGGGGCUGGCUCUGCUGCUUCUCCAGGAUGAGGGAAUGGGGACUGGAUGGCAGCAGAGGAAAAUGAAGGGCAGAGAGGCAGCCCCCAGCUCCAAGCAGAGGUUAUAUAUAGCUGCCAGCUGCAGCGGUGUCGCUCAGGGGCUGUGGUUGCUGCUCUGAAUACCUUCUUGGCCAGUGAAGGUUUCCACUUGUGUGACCAGGAGCUGGGAGCUGCAUCCACGAGCCCUGAAUCCCGGCGCAGCUGCAGCAACUGACGCACUUUAAAGAUGCCUGGGAGUGUGGAAGAGGAGCUGGAGAAGGACAGGCCGAGGAUGUGGUCCCUCGUGCAGGUUCAGUGGCAAAUAUGAACAUUUGUCGACAUCUGGCAUCGGCUCCUUGGGACAUCAUGAGUUUGCUGAAAUCUAGACCACAGAGCACUUGCAGUAGCACUUUUUCAAUCUGAAUUCCGUGUGCAUGAAAGGAACCUAAUCAUCUGGAUCGACUGUAGUGAUGGCUAGCAAAAGAAAAUCCACAACUCCCUGCAUGAUACCAGUGAAAACACUGGUGCUUCAGGAGACUGAACUGGAUGCUGUAGAAGAUGAUAGGGAAGGAACGCAACAGGAUGCUCCUGCGGAAGGGCCAGCAGCUGGUGAUGCUGGUGCCAGCAGCACUAAUAACGGGGCUCUGUCUAACGGGCACCGCGGCAUUGCUGAUAGUGACACUUACAUCUGCAAGUCUUGUGACUUCGGAUCUCAAGACGCUCAGCACUUCUUUGGGCACUUGGACUCUGAGCACUCAGACUUCAGCAAAGACCCUGCCUUCGCCUGCGUCGCGUGCAGCUUCCUUGCAAACAGCCAUGAGGGGCUCUCCCACCACAACGUGGAGUCCCAUGCCGGCGAAACGAGCUUUGUCUGGAGGGUGGCUAAGCAGGACAACCGGAUAACCGUGGAGCAAAGUCUCGGUGAGGCCACCAGCAGCCACGAGGUUCCCGGAGAGGUCCCUGAGGAAGGGGUGGAUGGGCAGGCGGAAAUUAUCAUCACCAAAACCCCCAUCAUGAAAAUAAUGAAGGGUAAACCCGAGGCCAAAAAAAUCCACACCUUGAAGGAGAGUGUGUCCAGUCAGUUGGGCAGCGAGGCAGAGGUGAAAGACGGGGAGCAUUCGUUCCCCAACGGGUCCGUGCCGGUCAGCCAGCCCACUGCAAGCUCAACAAAAUCAUCUCAUGUAGUGAAUGGCUCCAUCAUAGGAAACGUGCCUGUUCUGCAGGCGGGUGUUGCACAACUAGUGUCCCUGCAGCAGCAGCCCCCAUUGCAUCAGCAGCUACCUACGUCCAAGUCCCUCCCCAAGGUGAUGAUUCCCCUGAGCAGCAUUCCAACAUACAACGCCGCCAUGGACUCCAACAGCUUCCUGAAAAACUCCUUCCACAAGUUCCCCUACCCCACCAAAGCCGAGCUCUGCUACCUGACAGUGGUGACCAAGUACCCAGAAGAGCAGCUGAAGAUCUGGUUCACUGCCCAGCGGUUGAAGCAGGGCAUCAGCUGGUCCCCAGAGGAGAUCGAAGAUGCCAGGAAGAAGAUGUUCAACACCGUUAUUCAGUCCGUGCCACAACCCACCAUCACCGUUCUGAACACGCCGCUGGUUGCGAACCCCGGCAGCGUCCCCCAUCUCAUUCAGGCGACACUACCGGGCCACGUGGUGGGGCAGCCGGAGGGGACGGGGGGGCUGCUGGUCACACAGCCCGUCAUGGCAAACGGCUUGAAGGGCACCAGCUCCUCCUUCACCUUGGCGGUGAGUUCGGUGCCCAAGCCGCAGCCGGCGGCGCAGCACAGCACCGUGAGCUCCAGCAGCACGUCGGGGGUGAAGGUGGUCAACAGCGCGCAGUCGCUGCUCACCGCCUGCCCGGCCAUCUCCUCGCAGAGCUUCCUGGACCCAAACGUGUUCAAAAACAAGAAGUCCCACGAGCAGCUCUCGGCCCUGAAGGGCAGCUUCUGCCGGAACCAGUUCCCGGGGCAGGCUGAGGUGGAGCGCCUGGCGAAGCUCACAGGGCUGUCCACCAAGGAGAUCCGGAAGUGGUUCAGCGACAGGAGGUACCACUACAGGAACGUGAGGGGCGGCCGCGCCGGCUGCCCCGGGGACAGCGCGCUGGAUGCCCUGCCCGAGGCGCCCUUCGACGUACCCAGGGGGCCCGAGCUGGGCCCCGCAGCCGCCCCGCAGCACCCACCGCGGCGGCAGGCCUGGCACCAGGCGCCUGAUUUCACACCCACCAAGUACAAGGAGCGGGCGCCGGAGCAGCUGAAGGCUCUGGAGAGCAGCUUUGCCCAGAACCCCCUUCCUGCCGAGGAGGAGGUGAACCGGCUCCGGGGGGAAACAAAGAUGACGCGGAGGGAGAUCGACAGCUGGUUCUCGGAGAGGAGGAAGAAGAAGGUGGCGGAGGAGAACAAGAAGGUGGAGGAGGCUGCGCAGCAGGAGGAGGAGGAGGCGGAAAACGGUGGCGGGGAAGGGGAAGACUCCUCGGAUGAGCUGCAGGCUGCGGGGGAGAACGGCUCCAUCGAUGCCUCCGGCAGCAACUCAGUGGAGCGGAAAGUGAGUCCCAUCAAAAUCAACCUGAAGAACCUGCGGGUGACUGAGUCCAACGACAAAGCCGAGCUAGCGGGUGCUGGCAGCAUGGAGAAGGGGGAUGUCGGCGGCAGCCGGGCACCCAGCCCUCCCAAACCCAAGCUCAACUUCAAGAAGACGGCGCAGCAGCGGCACCUCCUGAAGCAGAUGUUCGUGCAGACCCAGCGGCCCACCAACCAGGAGUACGACGCCAUCGUGUCGCAGACGGGCCUGCCGCGCGCGGAGGUCAUUCGCUGGUUCGGGGACAGCCGCUACGGCUACAAGAACGGGCAGCUCAAGUGGUACGAGAACUACAGGCGCGGGGUGUUCCCGCCGGGCAUGGGGGAGCUCAGCCCCGCUGCCCGCGAUGUGCUGCAGGAGUACUAUGAGCAGCACAAGGCACUGCGGGAGGAGGAUGUGCCCGGCCUGGCCGAGCGCGCCCAGCUCAGCGCGCAGCAGCUCCGGCUGUGGUUUGCGGUGAAGGCGGAGGAGGAGGGCAGGGCGGCCGGUGCCGAGGAGCCCACGGCCAGCAAGGGCGGCCGGAAAGCACCGAGCGACGCCGGCCCCGAGGUGCCUGAGAGCAGCGAGUGCUGGGAGCAGGGUGGCCGCGAAGGCAGCGCCGGGAGCCCCGAUGCCCCGGGCCCACCGCCCGCCACACGGCUCGAGACAGACUGAACUCAAACCACCAGCCCUGGAGGAUGCGCUAUUACCCUUGAGAAGAAACUUUUGGUCUUGAAGAAACCCGUGGGCCAGGCUGAUGCAGACCUCAGGAGCAGGAUGUGGUGGUAAAGCACUGCCAUAAAUGAGACCUUUGAGCACAGCACACGAGAGAGCACGCGUGCAAAAACUUGGUGCAGAGCUCUUGUGGCCCAGCCCAGGAGAUGGCUGAGAGCUGGCGGGGGCUCAGCCUGCACCCAGGAAAUAGGAUGAUGCUCUUGUUGCUUUCCAGUGGACAGACUUUCAGAUUUCAUACUCAUAUACCGAUGCCUACAGCUGCCUAUACAAGCAUAACAAAUCUCAGACGUUGUGUAAACAAGGUCAUUGCUUAGAUACGGACUAUCACAGCACAGUAUUUCUUUCUUUUUUCUUGGGUUUUUUCAUCUGUCUGUUAAGGUGUUUGUUCUCUAAAGGUUGGCAUGGCUGCAUAUAUCCUCUCUACCCUUUCUGGUCCUUAAGCCCUGGCAAUGAAGCACUUUGUGGGCACACAAGCGUGUGUGUGUGUGUUAGGAAAGGGAGCUAAAAAGAAAACUGCCAGUUGUGCAUUAAAGCCCAGUGGGAGCUGAGUGAGGUUUUCAUCCCUAAGGCUGAGGUUAGGUUUAGCAUUGCAUACUCUCCAGUAAGUACCAGGUUCCCAGACAGAAGCAUCCUAGGAGAUGGAGUUUGGUGUCAUUUCUCCCUUGCCAGCUAGAAUACUUUCCCCUGCGCUCCUGGAGACUGCCUGUAGCAGGCUGUUCAAUCUCCAAGUUUCCCUUUAAUCACUGAGAACUAGCACAUCAUAAUUUUUCCAUCCUGACCUGGAAUCUUUUCAUUGUUCAGAGAGAACAAGCUGUUCUUCAGAGAGCAAACGCAGAGAAUACGCAGCGUUGCUGUGAGAGGUUCAAGGAUUGUUGUCUCCAAGGGAUCAGCAGCAGCUCUGCUGCAGUCUGGAAGCUUCCCUUUUGCAGCCCGACAUGAUAGAUUUUCCUGCAGCAGCGCUGGGAAAUUCAAGUGUUUGCUCCAGGCUUCCCUAUCCUUCCCCAUUUUAUUUCCCCUAUUGCUUCUGCAGUAGUUCUGGUGAAACAGCAAAGGAUAUUGCCCAGUUAAACCUUCUGCUUCCCUCUACCUGCACAGUUUUAAUGUGCCCAUCUUGUCUUGGGUGGUUGCUGUGUGAUGCAACUCCUUGAAGAUCUUCUCAAUAUUCUUUCCUACCAGAAAACAAGGUCUAGAAGGGAAACUCUUGAGCUGGAUAUUCCAGCCAAAUGCUGUGUCAGACCGUUCUGUCACAAACUAAUCAAAUCCCAGCUGAAAAUUGGUUCCAUGUCUUGCCUUCACUUUUGCUCUUGGAAAGGCUAUUCCAGAAAUUCACUGCCUUUGAGUGGUUAGAAUCUUUAUUUAAAUUUCUAGUUUGAAUUAAUUCGUGGCUGGUUCGUUCCUGGUUUGUUUUGGAGCCAACAUUGUCCUUUAACUUAAAUAGGUUUUGGUGUCUGUCCGCUGAUGUAUUUAUGGAGAGGAGUCAGAGCUCCUUAUUUUUGUCAAGCUAACUCAGCCAAACUUUUUCAGUAGAAGGUUUUUAGUUAGUGAAAGCUUUUCAUGUGGGAGAGUUUAUUGUUGGUGGUAAAUGAUAUUUAUUAGAAGGGUGGGUAGCAAGCCCCAAAGGACUGGAUCCAGAGAUUUACAAAAUCUCUGGUUUAAACACAAAAAAAGCUCUUUCAGAGCCCCUUCCAAAACUGGUGUCUGAUUUCUACCUUUAAUUGCUUUGCUUUUCCAGUUCUUUCCCCAUCCCCUCUUUAAGAGGCUGCCUUGUUCAACUGCUAGGAGAGGUUCUAUCUGUUCAGUGCCUUGUAAGAGACAGGACUUCCUCUGGCCCCGUGGUGCGUGCUUCCAUGGUAGGUGCCUGCUCCUGAGCUCACAUAGCUCCCCUGGCACACAGUAUCACCCCUGUGGCCAGGCGUGAGCAUCUGCUGUGGAUAGAAAUGCCCUGCACCCUAACGGGAGCUGGGGCGAUGCGCUGGGAUGCAGGCACCCGCACUGCCACCAUCCCUUAGCAGUCACUGUGAGCGGGGCUGGGGUGGACCCGGAGCACCCUGCAGUGACACUGUGCUCUCUGCACCUCUCCAGAAGCACUGCUGCUGUCAUGCUGUGGUUGGAGGCAGAACCAGCAGCAGUCCCACCUCGGCCUCUGUUGGCUCGGGUGGGCAGCAUCCUCUGGGAGAGCAGGGGCAACCAGAGCCCCAAAAGCUUCACCCUCAUGGGUGCAACUGUGCAUACCCCAAAAUGUCAGUGGUGGCAGGAGAAUCUGGGUGUCCUGGAGCCAGAGGCAGCGUAUCUGGGAGUUGUGUGUGCCGAGAGUAUGUGUGUGUAUGGUGCUACCUUCAGAGAACAAAUACAGGUAGGUCAAUUUACUCUCUAGUGUCUAUGUACAUGCAGGUUUAUUUAAGUACGCAUAUAUACAGUUCAGAUACGCCAUUGAUUCUUUAUUGCAUUAAAAUGUACAUUAAAAAUGUACACUUUUACUAACUACUCGCUAUAUAAAUAUGUUGGAAGUGUA